AUGACAGACGGAGUUGAUACGCAUAUUUUACGCUACUACGAAAUUCAAAAACGUCUCGGAAAAGGAGCAUAUGGCAUCGUAUGGAAAGCAACUGAUAAACGAAGUAAAGAAGUCGUCGCGUUGAAGAAAAUUUUCGAUGCAUUUCGAAAUCAAACGGAUGCUCAAAGAACCUAUCGUGAAAUUGUUUUCCUACGUGAAUUUGGUGAACAUCCUAAUGUUAUUCGAUUACAAAAUGUCUUACGUGCUGAUAACGACCGAGAUAUCUAUCUUGUUUUUGAAUUUAUGGAGGCGGAUUUGCAUAACGUUAUUCGCAAAGGAAACAUCCUUAAAGAUACACAUAAACGAUAUGUAAUGUAUCAGUUAUUAAAAGCAAUGAAAUAUCUCCAUUCUGCCAAUGUGAUUCAUCGUGAUAUGAAACCGUCAAAUGUUUUAAUUAAUCAACAAUGCCGCGUUAAAAUAUGUGACUUUGGUCUUGCUCGAUCAUUGAAUUAUAUUUAUGAGGAUCCACAACAUCCAGCUUUGACAGAAUAUGUUGCAACAAGAUGGUAUCGAGCACCGGAAAUUUUACUUGCUUCGACAAAAUACACCAAAGGAGUUGAUAUGUGGUCUAUCGGUUGUAUACUUGGGGAGAUAUUGCUGGGAAAACCUUUGUUUCAAGGAACAUCAACGUUCAAUCAAUUGGAACGUAUUCUUCAAUAUAUUCCAACGCCCAGCCAUUCAGACAUUGCUAGUAUUGCAUCUCAUUAUGGACCAAGUGUGUUAGAACGAGCAUCAUCUGGUCAAAAGAAAUCACUUGAUCAAUUGAUUCCUAAUGCUAGUGAUGAAGCUCAAGAUCUUCUUCGACGUCUUCUGCAUUUUAAUCCUGAUAAACGUAUAACAGCAGAAGAAGGAGUUCGCCAUUCCUAUGUAGCUUCAUUUCAUAAUCCAAGUGAAGAAAUGACAAAAGGUUAUGAUGUAGUUCCACAAUUGAGUGACGAUAUACAAUUGACUGUCGAUGAAUAUCGAAAGAAACUAUAUGAAUUAAUUCAACUACGUAAAGUUUCAGCAAAGAUCAACUCGAAUAUGUCUUCCUCGAAUUCUGAAGUUGCGCGACCGCGCGAUACGUCAAUGGAUCAACAGCAACGUUACGGUGCCAGUGCUUACAUCGAUAAAUCGGAAUACGACGCUUACAAGCAAUCAACAGUAAACUCAACAUCUGCAGCAAAUCUCGGAGGAGCUUAUUCAAACUAUUCUGUGGAUAAUAAUAAUCGUUAUGUUCAAGAUGUCGUCGAUGAUGAAUGUACACCAACGACAACGCAUGAUCAAUCCAAUGGACAAUCACAACAUAUGAAGAGCACUUCCACUACAUCUUAUUCUGGACUUGUCGGUCGAUCGAACAGUUAUAAUGCCUCACAACCCAGAUUGAUCAGUAGUAAACAACGAAAUACAGCGGCCGGUUCGUCAAUGUUAUAUCCGAAAUCGACUAUGGGUGGUUUAACACGUGAGAAGAUCGGAGCUAACCGCGGAUUCCGCUCUGGUUCAGCUCCAACUCCAAUACCGCCAGCAAAACAAACCAAUAGUAGUAAUACUAACAAUUAUUACAUUCGCCGUCCAACAGUAAUUUUCACUGACGAACGUGGUGGACCAAGUGAUAAGAGCGCUGGUGCACAAUCGAGAAUGAAUACUAAAUUUACAAAUACUCUACGACCCAAUUCAGCCGCUGAUAAUCGAAACAAGCCUCGUUAUCACUCUGCAACGAUCAUGAAUCACAAUCAACAGCAAGGAGGUGGAGCAUCGAACUCAUCGUACAUAAACUACAAUGGACAUUAUCAACAGCGCCGUCCUACUCAUGGAAAUUAUUCGAAUACUACAGUGACAACCGUAGCACGCGAUAACUUGGGUGGUUAUCAUCAAAAUAUGGGUACAUUAACUCAAAACGGUUUACGUGUUCUUGAUGGUCUCCUUCAUAAUGCAACGUAA